AUGCCCGAAUCCGACGACAUUGCCUACGCCGAAACCCGGCCGUCCUCCUCCAUAGAAGACUUCGAUCUUGACCAUGAACACAAGGAGCCACUACUGCCAGGCUCGGCGUCGGUGUCGCAAAGGAGGGGCCGGGGGACUAUUGUCGCAUGGCUCAGGGGCAGACCGCGGUCGUUGCUGAGAAGGUUCCGCCGUCAGCCUCGAUCUCUUCCCCGGUUGCUGCUGCGGUACACUUUCUUGUUCGUCCUCUUUGUCCUCACGGCGACACCCAUCUUCUUCCCGUCGUACACGCGCCAUCCGAAGCACUACAAGGAUCUGAGAAAGCGCUGUCUGGUGUCGGACAGCUUGUCCGGCUGCGCAAACCUACGGAACGAAAAGGUCUUCAUCGCCGUCAGCCUGUUCGACCCCGAAGGCAAGAUCACCGGGGGGGAGUGGGCGAAAAACGUAUUGGAUCUGAUCCACAUGAUCGGGGAGGACAACACGUUCCUGAGCAUAUACGAGAACGACAGUGGCGAUCUGGGUGCGGCAGCGUUGGACGAGUUCAAGAAGAACGUGCCAUGCAAGCAUAAGAUCGUCAGCGAGGGCCAAGUCGACUACAGCGCGUUCCCUCACGUCACGCUACCCGACGGAUCGCAACGGCUGAAGCGCCUGGCGUACCUGUCGGAGAUGCGCAACCGCGCGCUCUACCCGCUAGACCAGUCCGGCCACGACCCCGAGGUCGGCACGGUAAAGUACGACAAGAUCCUGUUCCUCAACGACGCGCUCUUUGCGCCCGUCGACGCCGCUCACCUGCUCUUCAAAACCAACGCCGGCGAAGAUGGCCGCGCCCACUACCUCUCGGCAUGUUCCCUCGACUACGACUGGAACCCGUUCCUCGAGUACGACCUCUACGCCCAGCGCGACGCCGAAGGGUACUCGAACGGCAUCCCCAUCUUCCCCUACUUCACCGGCCAGGGCAAGGCCGCCUCGCGCAGGGCAAUGGUGUCGCAGACGGACGCCGUGCCGGUCAAGAGCUGCUGGGGCGGCAUGGUGGCGAUGCAGGCGAAGUGGGUGCAGAAUGUGGACAAGAAGAUGCCGACCAAGGACUGGCAGGCCGUGGCGCACCACGUCAUCGACCCGGAUCACCCGCACAACGUGACGGCGCCGGUGCGCUUCCGGUACGAGCCCGAGCUGUACUUUGACGCCUGCGAGUGCUGCCUGUUCCUCGCCGACGUGACGACCGUGGCGGACAAGGCGGGCGAGCCCGACAUGGGCGUGUUCGUGAACCCCUACGUGCGCGUGGCGUACCGCAAGCGGACGCAGCGCCUCGAGCCGCUGGUCCGCCGGUGGGAGCGGCUCUUGGCCCUGCCGCAGGCUAUCAUCACGCACUUCUCGCGGUUCCCGACGCCCAACCCGCACCGCCAGGUCGUCGAGGGCCAGCGGUUCACCGAGGAGAUCUACCAGCGGCGUGAAGGGUGGAAGAUGGUGGAGCGGACGGGGCGCAACGGCAUGUUCUGCGGAGUCCGGGAGAUGCAGCUCAUCAAGGAGGGGCCGCGCAACGGACGCAACUGGGAGAACCAUUACGACAUCCCGUGGGACCAGCAGACGUUGAACUUUCCCCUCUAA